AUGUUAUCAAAUCAAAAUAGUCACCUUCAAGGGCGUCAUCGCCAACAUCGGCGGCAGAUCUCGACACCCUCCGCACUCGACGCCGCUAAACCUCCGAGUCUGCCCCCACAGGCAUUGCACAGAUUCCAUGCUCAUCGCCGCGGCCAAAGUCUGGACCAACGAGCUGUGCAAGCUCAGCGAUCACAGCUCGUGCAAGAUGCGUCAAUUACUAACCAAACAGCACCGCAACAUCAUUUCAAUACUCCCAACCCGACCCUCGUCCCUUUUGUGCCCGACUGCCAGGUCUUCGGUCAAGACGAUUUGCAGGCUUUAAGUAAUGCCAAUUAUCAAAACCCGCAAAAUCUGCCCUAUUUCAACACGAACUUUGUGAAGACCGAUGACCAGAUCCGGGACGGUCGACCUGUCAAUUAUCAGCUCAACCUCAUUCAACAACAGCAGCAGCAACUGCACAAUGCUAAACUUGGGUGCAACAACACACUUGAAGCCCAACUGCCCGACAAUGGCUCGUGGGAUAUGUAUAACCCAAACCUCGCAUCCUCGCUGCAACAAAGCACGAACCAACCAGCCCUUGAUAUGAGACGGCACUCAAUUCAGUCCAACGCGACCAGCUCAUAUCGCCCACAAACUCCAAAGAAAAACAAAACACAGUACUUCCCCAUUUCCCCAGCAACUACGCCGUUCAACAGAGCAGUUGAUAUCGCUCAAUAUUGCGCAGAGCCACAGGUCUCCCCAUCAAAGGGGCAGAAUGUUGGCGACGCCAGUUCCCAGUCGUCGUAUAUGCAACGCGCCAAAUCCCUCCAAGGAGUGGCUGGAACUAGCUUUUCGCAGCCAAAGAUUGAAAUGCCCUCCCCCCCUAACACAGAUUCAUUUGCAAUUGAUAGUUUUGAUACGUUUGACUACCAGCAGGGUUCCAGUUUCGAUAUCCUCAAGCCAGAAGACCUCCCCAACAGCCAAUAUUCCACAGCGUCGUCAACAUCGUCGUCCCUAAACUCCCCCGAGAUCGCUGCAAUUCCAAACUCCGAGGACCACUUUGAAAAGAACCCCAAGGUUCCAAUCUGUCCUGCCACGCCUAGCCGCCUCAGCCCAAGAAAACACUCCAGUACGCCAAGCUCGGCUUCAGUAGCAAAGGCAAAGCUUUCUCCACGUGUGGCUUCGAUUGAUAACCUCAACCUUGACGCCCGAGUGCAUGCCUCUAUCAAAGAAACCGGUGUCUCCAUCGACGAAAUUGCAACGUACAUCCACGGACCGGAUCCAGAAGAUGGCAAGUGGGUUUGUCUCCACCCCGGCUGCGAGCGCCGCUUUGGCCGCAAAGAAAACAUCAAAUCGCACGUACAGACCCACCUAGGAGACCGCCAGUACAAGUGUGACCACUGUGAGAAGUGUUUUGUUCGUGGGCACGACUUGAAACGCCACGCCAAGAUCCACACUGGAGACAAACCAUAUGAAUGCCUAUGCGGCAACGUAUUUGCCCGGCACGAUGCCCUAACUCGACACCGUCAGAGGGGCAUGUGCAUUGGUGGCUACAAGGGAAUUGUGCGCAAGACAACAAAACGUGGUCGGCCCAAGAAGCACCGCCCAGAGAUGGAUGAAAGACGCGACAAGGCAUCAAAAACCCGCCAGAGAAUUGCUGAGAAGUCGUUCGACUCUUCCGGGUCAGACACUUCUCGUCAUACACCACCAUCGGAGAUCUUCGAAAACAUGAGCAUCCAUGGCUCUAGCUCAGCAGAUGAGAUGGUAGCCUUUGACAACCCAAACUACCUACCACCAGAGGUGUUCACCUUCACCCCCCCUGACUCUCCAAAUUACGGAAUGAGCAGUAAGCCAGGAAGCACCCGAUCCCUCACGCCAAGCUCCGAAGACGAAAUGUUGCCCUUAUCACCAUCAAAGCGGCCCUUGGAAAACAUCCUCGAGGAGUCGGGUCUUCCUCAUAUCUCAGACUCCGGCAUAUGCUCGUUCUCCACCGUUUCAAGCGCUACUACCCAUGCACUCUCCUCUCCACACACGGCGCCUACUCUGAGUGAUGCCUCUCAACCAUCUGAUCUGGAUAUCUUCAUCAACAGCGAGCCUUCCUCUGGCUUCGGCAAGCACGAAUUCUCCGCCUUGGGUGACCCCGACAUGGCUACAUUCCCCGACUACAUGAAUUCUUCUGCCUUUGAGAACAGUCUGGAUAUGUUGCAAGGGAAGAAUUUCUCCACAGCGCCCUCUAUGGGCGAUGAUUUCUUUCUCCAGUUUCAAGUCGACGAACAACCAUCAGAUGUCAUGUCUAGGGAAUUUUUCCUGGAUUAA